AUGCACGAAGAGCCUAUCGACCGUUCUCGAGACCUCUGGAUCGAGAGAAAACGUAGAUACGAGCAGGAAGAAGCCGCUCGAAGAGACGACCUGAUUGAUAAUCGCUACAGAUCCGCACCACACGAAGGAUCCAGCCGUUAUAGCCCACCCAACCACCCAGCCGACCCAAGGUAUUCCCACCUGACCAACUCGGGCCCACACGCAACAAGCGCUCGCAACGCCUCGAGCCCUCGCUCCCAAUUCCCUCCUACCUUGCCGCCUAUUGCCGCAGAAGAAGAAGCAGCCAUGAUGCGCGAAGACCCUGCUGCAAGCGUGCUCAAGCGUCGAAGGCUAGGCGAUGGUCUCGACCGCGACGACCGACGGCGUGACGAGCCUCUGAGCGGUGGUCGCUCCCCACCUGGUUUCCGCAGGACCGAUUCUGGUCAGCGAUAUGCCGAAGAGAGGGAUGCCUACGCAGAAGACCAGCGCUCCCCACUGCAUCCACCUUACGCUCACCGUUCCAACGGCCGCGUCUCGCCCCUAGACAGGCCACUGCGCAGUCCUGCUUCAGGUGGUGGCCCCUUGCCGCCUAUGCAGGAUGGUCACCGUCCCUCGGUGCUCUCCUCGUCCAACUACGACGAUGGCCUCGACCACGGACCCGGCAUGCUUGCUCGCAGGAGAGGAGAUGCCGCACAGGCCAAGGCGAGUCGCCUUCACAUCGACACUGGCAGUACUAGCUCCUCGUUCGACGCAGCGAGCUUGUCGAGGUCUUCUGCGGGCAUUGCCAAGAGCGCUCCCCCGCAGAAGCUCUCGUUCGACAGUCGCGACCACGCUAUGCCUCAGGACCAAGCCCAUCGCGAGUCGGACCUUCGACCGAGUCACUCGUCCAUCCAGUCCUCGCAGCCUUCCGCAGCGCUGCGCAGCGACCAACAGCAGCGUCUUGCUUCGGAUUCGCGUCAGCUCGAGCUUCGCCGGGAUGAGCGAGCAGAACUGCAUGGACUUCGCGAAGGCCGCUUGCCCGACGUGCCCCACACGGCCAACCCUCUGGCACGCGCAGGACCCGUGACGCGAUUGCAAGGCGGUCAUGUACCUCAGACUGCUACGCUGCCCUCUCCGGCUUAUCACACCACCCAAUUCGCACGAGGUCACCCGAGCGGGCGCCAAGCGUACAACCCGCCGCCCACCGCUCGACUGCCCGACCACCUGCGCUCGCCUCCUUCGUCCAAGCAGCACUUCCUCUCGCUCUUUUCCGACUUCUAUGACUCGCUCCACGACAGCAGGACGCUCAAAGCUACGCUCGAGGACCAGAUCAAGCGAUCCAACACGCUCCUUCAGACUCUCCAGUCCAGCCGCCGCGUGCUGGAAGAGACGGUCGAACGACGUGUUCGCGAGGAACGCGUGCUGUGGGAAGGCCGUGUUCGUGGUCUUGAAGCACGCGUUCGCGAAUUGGAGGCCAAGACGGGUACUGCUGAGUAUGAUGACGAGCCCAUGGCCCGUCCCGUUGAGAAGGCUCAAUUGUCGUCCUCGUCGUCUUCGGCCAACAUUGCAGCAGCUGGCGCCGAGGCUGUUGACAGGGCUGAGGAGACCAGCAAACCUGCCUCCCGCGACCUCUCCCCCGCUGUCAAGAAGCAGCUCGACUCGACAGCGUCCAGCAAGGACGAGGACGAGGGGGACGAGCUGCAGGACGACUAA